GGGAAGAGGAGGGCGCGGAAGCGGAGGGGAGGGAGGGCGCCGCCGUUACCCCUCCCCGCCGCCCCACGCACGCACACACACACACACACAUACACAGAGCCCACACCGGCACGGCGGGAGGAUGCCCUUUGCCCGGGGGGGCGAAGCCGGCAGAGCAGCAUCUCGCCGCCGGGAGUGAAGCCGCCGGGGCCUGCCGGCCCGCAGCGUGCGGCCAGAGCGGGGACGCCGGUGCUUUCCCUCCGCCCCAGGACGCGCACCGGGAGGAGGAGGAGGAGGAGGAGGAGGAGGAGGAGGGAGGAGGGCGCCGCCGCAGCAGCCAUGGGAAGGAUUUGACAGGGCUCGGAGCGCUUCCCCGCGGCGGUGCCGGUGUGUCGGGGCGCGCGUUCCGCCCGCCGCCCCUUUGGCGCAGCGGAGGAGCCGGGGGGCGACGAUGAAGACUUUAGUUUUUUUGAAUCACUGAAAAGCCUUAAAAGGAGACUCGUAAUAAUAAUCAUUAAAAAAGAAACCCCAAUGCAAACUGAAACAACCAUGUCUGGAGAAGUGCGUUUGAAGCAGUUGGAGCAGUUUAUUUUGGAUGGGCCAACUCAGACUAAUGGGCAAUGCUUCAGCGUGGAAACCUUGCUGGAUAUACUCAUCUGCCUUUAUGAUGAAUGUAAUAAUUCCCCUCUGAGAAGAGAGAAGAACAUCCUUGAGUAUCUGGAGUGGGCCAAACCUUUUACAUCUAAAGUGAAACAGAUGCGACUACAUAAAGAAGAUUUUGAAAUCCUGAAGGUGAUUGGUCGAGGAGCCUUUGGGGAGGUUGCAGUAGUAAAACUAAAGAAUGCAGAUAAGGUUUUUGCCAUGAAGAUACUUAAUAAGUGGGAGAUGCUGAAGAGAGCUGAAACAGCUUGUUUUCGAGAAGAGAGAGAUGUUUUAGUGAAUGGAGAUAACCAGUGGAUCACAACAUUACAUUAUGCAUUCCAGGAUGAGAACUAUCUGUACCUGGUUAUGGAUUACUACGUUGGAGGAGACCUGCUUACGUUGCUCAGCAAGUUUGAGGACAGACUACCUGAAGAUAUGGCUCGUUUUUAUUUGGCUGAAAUGGUGAUAGCUAUUGAUUCAGUUCAUCAGUUGCAUUAUGUUCACAGGGAUAUUAAACCAGACAACAUUUUGAUGGAUAUGAAUGGACAUAUUCGAUUAGCAGAUUUUGGUUCUUGUCUGAAACUAAUGGAAGAUGGAACGGUCCAAUCUUCAGUGGCAGUUGGAACACCAGACUACAUCUCUCCAGAAAUCUUGCAGGCCAUGGAAGAUGGAAAAGGGAAGUAUGGGCCCGAGUGUGACUGGUGGUCCCUAGGCGUUUGCAUGUAUGAAAUGCUUUACGGAGAAACGCCCUUUUAUGCUGAGUCCUUGGUGGAGACCUAUGGGAAAAUAAUGAACCACAAAGAGAGGUUUCAGUUCCCUGCUCAAGUGACAGAUGUCUCUGAAAGUGCAAAGGACCUCAUCCGAAGGCUCAUUUGUAGCAGAGAGCAUCGACUUGGACAAAAUGGAAUAGAAGACUUUAAGAACCAUCCAUUUUUUGCUGGGAUUGAUUGGGACAACAUUAGAAACUGUGAGGCACCUUACAUCCCAGAAGUCAGCAGCCCCACUGAUACUUCAAACUUUGAUGUGGAUGAUGAUUGCUUAAAAAAUUCUGAAACAAUGCCUCCACCGUCACACACUGCAUUUUCUGGCCAUCAUUUACCAUUUGUGGGUUUCACAUACACAAGUAGCUGCGUGCUUUCAGACCGCAGCUGUCUAAGACUGACAGCUGGACCACCCUCCAUGGAUCUUGAUGCCAGCAUUCAAAGAACUUUGGAGGAUAGUUUAGCAACAGAAGCUUAUGAGAGGAGAAUAAGACGCCUAGAACAGGAAAAGCUUGAACUUAGUAGAAAACUGCAAGAAUCCACCCAGACAGUUCAGGCUCUGCAGUAUUCAACAGUGGAUGGCCCAAUAACAGCAAGCAAAGAUUUAGAAAUUAAAAGUUUGAAAGAAGAAAUUGAAAAGUUGAAGAAACAGGUAACAGAUUCUGGUCAGCUAGAACAGCAACUUGAGGAGGCCAGCACUGCAAGACGGGAGUUGGAUGAUGCUUCCAGACAAAUAAAGGCUUUUGAGAAACAGGUCAGAACGCUGAAGCAAGAAAGGGAAGAUCUUAAUAAGGAACUGGCAGAGUCUAGUGACAGAUUAAAAUCCCAAGCCAAAGAGCUGAAAGAUGCACACAGCCAGCGGAAAUUGGCAAUGCAGGAGUUCUCAGAGAUGAACGAGCGGCUGACAGACUUGCACUCUCAAAAACAAAAGCUUGCCCGCCAGCUCCGAGAUAAGGAGGAAGAAAUGGAAGUGGUGAUGCAAAAAGUAGAAAGUUUAAGGCAAGAGUUACGCAGAACAGAGAGACUUAAAAAAGAACUGGAAGUCCAAGCUGAAGCCGCAGCUGCUGAGGCAUCCAAAGACAGGAAAUUGCGAGAGAGGAGUGAACAGUACUCUAAACAGUUGGAAAGCGAAGUAGAAGGGCUAAAGCAAAAACAGAUUGGUCGCUCACCUGGGGUAAGCAGUAUAGAACACCAGCAAGAGAUCACUAAACUAAAGGCAGACCUGGAAAAAAAGAGUGUUUUCUAUGAAGAGGAACUAUCUAAACGUGAAAUAAUGCACGCUAAUGAAAUAAAAAGUCUGAAGAAAGAACUGCGGGAUGCAGAGAGCCAGCAGCUUGCCCUCAAGAAGGAGAUCAUGGUUUUGAAAGACAAGUUAGAGAAAACCAGAAGAGAAAACCAAAGUGAAAGAGAGGAAUUUGAAACAGAGUUCAAACAGAAGUAUGAACGAGAAAAGAUUCUGCUAACAGAGGAAAACAAAAAACUUUCAAAUGAACUUGAUAAGCUCACCACCAUGUUUGAGAGGCUGAGUAUGAAUAACCGGCAGCUGGAAGAAGAGAUGAGAGACCUGGCUGAUAAAAAGGAGUCUGUGGCACACUGGGAGGCCCAAAUUACUGAGAUCAUCCAAUGGGUAAGUGAUGAAAAAGAUGCUCGAGGUUAUCUUCAAGCCUUGGCCUCUAAAAUGACAGAAGAACUAGAGGCCCUGAGGAACUCCAGUUUGGGUGCAAGAGCUACAGACAUGCCCUGGAAGAUGCGCCGCUUUGCAAAACUGGAUAUGUCUGCAAGGUUGGAACUACAGUCUGCUCUUGAUGCUGAAAUCCGAGCCAAACAGGCUAUUCAAGAUGAGUUGAAUAAAGUCAAAGCUUCCUGUAUCUCUACAGAGUGUAAAUUGCAAGAAUCUGAGAAGAAGAACAUGGAACUGUUGACAGAUAUUGAAAGGCUGAAAAAGGAGACAGAAGAGCUUAGAUCAGAAAAGGGUGUAAAGCACCAAGACUCACAGAAUUCUUUCUUGGCAUUUUUGAAUGCGCCUACCUCUGCUCUGGAUCAAUUUGAAGAUUCCUUUUCCUCCUCUUCAUCCUCAUUGAUUGAUUUUAUGGAUGACCGCUCUCCUUCCUGUAUUCCAGCUAACAAAGGCAGACGUAUUGAUUCAGUUGAGAAUUUUACAUUGUCUAAUACUCCAUCACGGGAUGAAGAUAGCAAGUCUCACCUCCAUUCAAGAUCAAGGUCUCCUUCUACAGCUAGUGAGAUUGAACCAAUCGAGGUUACAGAUCAUCCUCCCCGUUCAAUUCACACACCAACCAUGAGGACAGCGUAUAUUGGAUCGGGACUCUCUGCACCAAAGCCUAAAGCCCACCAGUUUGUAGUGAAAUCGUUUAAUACACCGACAAAAUGCAAUCAGUGCACAUCUCUGAUGGUUGGUUUAAUACGACAGGGCUGUACUUGUGAAGUAUGUGGAUUCUCUUGCCACGUGACCUGUGCAGACAAAGCUCCUGCGGUAUGUCCAAUCCCUCCCGAACAAACUAAGGGACCUUUGGGAAUAGAUCCACAGAAAGGCAUAGGAACAGCUUAUGAAGGACAUGUCCGAGUACCAAAACCAGCUGGAGUGAAGAAAGGUUGGCAGAGAGCGCUGGCAGUCAUCUGUGAUUUUAAACUCUUCCUCUAUGAUGUAGCAGAAGGAAAAGCAUCCCAGCCCAGCGUGGUAGUGAGUCAGGUCAUAGACAUGAGGGAUGAAGAAUUCUCAGUGAGUUCUGUCUUGGCCUCAGAUGUCAUCCAUGCAAAUCGAAAAGAUAUCCCCUGUAUCUUUAGGGUCACAGCUUCCCAGCUCUCUGCAUCCAGUAAUAAGUGUUCAAUCCUGAUUCUAGCAGACGGUGAGAAUGAAAAAAGCAAGUGGGUAGGAGUGCUGAACGAAUUGCAUAGGAUCUUGAAGAAGAACAAACUCAAAGACCGCUCAGUCUAUGUGCCCAAAGAAGCUUAUGACAGCACCUUACCCCUCAUUAAAACAACACAGUCAGCAGCAAUCAUAGACCAUGAAAGAAUAGCUUUGGGGAAUGAAGAAGGGUUAUUUGUUGUGCAUGUCACCAAAGACGAGAUUAUCCGUGUUGGUGACAACAAGAAGGUUCAUCAAAUUGAGCUUAUCCCAAAUGAACAGCUCAUUGCAGUAAUCUCAGGACGAAACCGUCAUGUGCGGCUUUUCCCUAUGGCUGCCCUGGAUGGAAGGGAGACUGAGUUUUAUAAGCUGGCAGAGACAAAAGGCUGUCAGUCAAUAGUUUCUGGACAUGUGCGCCACGGAGCUCUUACAUGCCUGUGUGUAGCUAUGAAAAGGCAGGUCCUCUGUUAUGAACUAAAUCAGAGUAAGACACGUCACAAAAAGAUCAAGGAGAUCCAAGUCCAGGGAAAUGUCCAGUGGAUGUCAAUCUUCAGUGACCGUCUUUGUGUGGGCUACCAGUCAGGUUUCUUAAAAUACCCACUUCACGGAGAAGGCAGCCCGUACAGUCUGCUCCAUCCAGAUGACCACACGCUAUCAUUUGUCGCACAGCAGCCAACUGAUGCCAUCUGUGCAGUCGAAAUCUCAAGUAAAGAAUACCUGCUGUGUUUUAGCAGCGUAGGGGUUUACGUUGACUGCCAGGGCCGAAGAUCUAGACAACAAGAAUUGAUGUGGCCCGCAACUCCAUCUUCUUGCUGUUACAAUGCACCAUACCUCUCUGUGUACAGUGAAAAUGCAAUUGAUAUCUUCGAUGUGAACUCCAUGGAGUGGAUUCAGACUAUUCCUCUCAAAAAGGUACGACCCUUGAAUACAGAAGGCUCACUAAACCUUUUAGGCCUGGAGACGGUUAGAUUAAUAUAUUUCAAAAACAAAAUGGCAGAGGGCGAUGAACUGGUAGUUCCUGAGACAUCAGACAACAGCCGGAAGCAGAUGGUUCGAAACAUCAACAACAAGCGCCGCUAUUCAUUCAGAGUACCAGAGGAGGAGAGGAUGCAGCAGAGGAGGGAGAUGCUACGUGAUCCGGAAAUGAGAAAUAAAUUAAUUUCUAACCCAACUAAUUUUAACCACAUAGCACAUAUGGGUCCAGGAGAUGGUAUACAGAUUCUCAAAGACCUUCCAAUGCAACAGCAAGGGUGGCAGGCCCGUAUGACACCAUGUAAGGAAGGUGCUCAGAGGACUGGGGGUGACAAUCAGCGUUCCCCUUAUCAAUUCCCUCAUCAUCACUCCCGUCUGAUCUCCUCUCCGAGCAACUUUGAGCACAUCUACCACAUGACUGUUAAUUCAGCCGAAAAAUUCCUCUCUUACGAUUCCAUAAACCCUGCAUUUUCCCCGCCUCCACGCUCUGUCCUCGGUACUCCAGACUUUAUGACUCUGAGGAAUCUUCGGCCUCAGGAAAGUCGGACCGUAUUCAGUGGCUCUGUCAGUAUUCCAUCGAUCACGAAAUCCCGCACAGAACCAGGACGAUCGAUGAGCGCAAGCAGCGGGUUAGCAGCACGAUCGUCUGCACAAAACGGCAGUGCUUUGCGGAGGGAAUUCUCAGGAGGUAGCUACGGAGCAAAGCGUCAGCCUAUGGCAUCACCCUCAGAUGGUUCCUUAUCCUCUGGUGGCCUGGACCAAGGCAGCGAUGCACCAACAAGGGACUAUGAGCGAGAGGACUCUGACUCUCCGAGACAUUCUACUGCAUCGAACAGCUCCAACCUCAGCAGCCCUCCCAGCCCGGUUUCUCCUCACAAGACCAAGAGCCUCUCCCUGGAGAGCUCUGACCACGUGAGUUGGGACUCAUGAACUGCUUCAGCAUUCAGAUUUGACAUCACAGCAGCUUGCUGUCCCCAUGGCUGUCCCCUUCACUCGUUCCAGUUCUCACCUUCAUCAUCCUAACCCUCCCCAUUCCCUGUCUGAAAGUGAUCUGGGAGUGGGGUACAGAGGAAGGUAAAAGCUGGUUGUCUUCAGCACCGUUUGGCACUGCCUCACCCUCCCUUCCCCAGAUUUGACAGCAGCGAACGAGCAACGCUAGGGUGUUGGUAAAUAUCAGAUGCUGUAGAUUUGUAUUAGUAUUGGUUUCAUUUUUGUGGUUACAGCUGCUUCAUUUUUCAAGACAUAUUUAUCCCACCCCCUGUUCCACUUCCCAAAAAGUAGCUUAAGUAGACCAGACCAGUAUCAACAAGAGAAAAUUCAGAGGGAUUUUGUUUUCAUACAAUAGCUCGUUGUACUGUACAAAAGUAGCACAGAGACUCCUUCCCCUGCGUGGGGAAUGAUCAGUAUGUCAGAGGCACAUAAAAGCUUUCAGCCACCACGUUUGAAUGUCAAUCUGAUUGUCGCCAGCAAAUCCUUAUUGAUUAAAAUGAUGCAUAUUUUACUACAGUACAGAGUUUAAAUAAAUACGCAGAUGUUAGAGUAAAAUACGUAUGUAUAUAUUCAAAGAAAAAAAGCGUUGUGUAUGCAGCAGAAGAUGGAUGCUUAUUUAAGAGAGCCUUUAAUUUAAGAUUUGUGUUGUCCCUGUUUUCAUGCUUGGUAAUAUACAGACUUGGAGGCCUGGCCUAAAACUUUUUGCAGGACAGAUAUUCCUUUUGCGUAGCACUCGCUGCACUGCCAGGAGAGGUCCCUGCAGUGCUUUCACGUUUCUUUACUUCUGGCGGUAGCAUAAGUGAAACUGUAAUUCCUACUUUCAUGUUAAUCCCCAUCCUUUGCAAAAACGACAAUGAUUGGAAAGCAACCCCCUGCCCCGACAACCAAGGGCACCAGUCAGCCAGGUGGCUGCCCUGGUUUCUUGUGUGCCGGCUGCGCGGCUGAGGAACCUUACGGCAUGCUACAGUAGAGGUCCUUAAGGCAGCAAGGGAGUUCGAUGCAGCAGGAAAACUUUCCCUGGGUCAGUCUUUGACCAGAUUUAACUCAGAAGGGAGCAGUUUUCCGCAUCUCCUUGACCAUCCCUAACCAGAAAACUGUUACUGUUGUUACCAAAUACUAGUUGCUAAUGCACAUCAGCCAAAUGAGUGCCCUUAGCCCGAAGCUAGCCGUGGCUGGCUAUGCUGUCACUGUAGCAACAAAGAACCUUGAAGACUGACCUCACACUGUUCACACUGUGGUAGUCGAAGAUGCCUGGUCGCCCGCAACUGCCAUGCUGGCAAGGUUGGUUUUCCUCUCCCUCCCUACCCGUGCUGUGGGUUUGUGCAAUUUGCAGUUGUUCCUAUGUGCUCACCUGCUGUUUGGUUCCAAUAGCAGGUCAGGUUGGAGGGCAGAAAGUAUUGCGGUGGAAGACAGAGCCCACUGAAGUUGCAAAAAUAAAUAAAAAGCUGAAGCUGGUCACGCAGUCAACAGAACAAAGUGAGAGACUGACGUACAAAUAGAUGGUAAGAGGAAGAUGUCUCUUCUCUUUAGUGAGCAAGGCAGAUGCGUUUUUCAUUUGGGAGUGUGUUCAAAUGAGCCUCUCUUCUCAGUAGUGUUGUUGUUGGCUUUAUACUAUGACCAUACUCAAACAUCUAAGGGCUUUUUGUAUUUAGAAUACUGUUUUUUGUGGGUUUCGGAAACUUGUUACAGCUCUUAUUAAACCAUUCCAUAUUCUUGCAGUAAGCAGUAUAUAGUGUUUCAGCCACAUAGAGAUGUUUGGAGUUUUCCAGUUUCUGUCUUCC